CUGGACUUGUUCUACACGUGCACACGUGUUGUUUUACCCCAUGCAUUUGCAGAUGUGAAUUCUGCACUUUUUAAAAACUUUUCAAAAGACUCGAUUUUUCUUUUUUCUUUCUUUAUUUCUUUUGCACACGUAAACGCCGAAAAGUAUCCAAAAGCAAAUAAUGGCUUUCCCGAGACAUUUUAUGCCAACAUACUGGAAGAAUCUAAAAGGCAACCGUCUGAUUAACCAGCUGUUUUUCAUUUCACGCACCUUGCACAAAUCAACUGCCAGUAAGGCUUUUGGGAUCUCUGCUGCUGGAAAAGAGACCAUACCUGAAAGAUUAAUCACACCGGCUGAUGUCGGCGAGAAAACCAGAGUCAAGACCCUGAAGGAGAUGCCCGGACCCAGCACCUUAUCCAACUUGAUCGAGUUCUUCUGGAAAGACGGUUUUGACAGAAUUCAUGAAAUUCAGUUGGAUCACGGGAAGAAAUAUGGGAAAAUUUUCAAAUCCCGUUUUGGGCCCCAGCUGGUGGUCUCAAUCGCUGACCGUGAUCUGGUGGCUGAGGUGCUGAGGGCCGAGGGUGCAGCUCCUCAGAGAGCUAACAUGGAGUACUGGAAGGAGUACAGAGACAUGAGAGGCCGUUCCACAGGCCUGAUCUCAGCGGAGGGAGAAGAUUGGCUACAGAUGCGGAGCGUCCUCAGACAGCUCAUCAUGCGUCCACGUGAUGUGGCGAUGUUCUCCGAUGAUGUUAACCAAGUCGUAGAUGACCUGGUCAAGAGAGUUUGUAUUCUACGCAGCCAGGAGGCGGACGGAGCAACUGUCCUCAAUGUGAAUGACCUCUUCUUCAAAUAUGCCAUGGAAGGUGUGGCAGCCAUUUUGUUUGAGUGUCGUUUAGGCUGUUUGGAAAACGAAGUUCCAGAGGACACUCAAAACUACAUCAAUGCCCUGCACCUCAUGUUCAGUUCCUUCAAGACAACCAUGUAUGCCGGGGCGAUCCCAAAGUGGCUCCGGUCCAUCAUCCCCAAACCGUGGGAGGAGUUCUGUUUCUCCUGGGAUGGCCUCUUCAAAUUCAGCGUUGUUCACAUUGAUAAGAGAUUUGCAGAGAUCAAGGCCCAGUUGGAGCGGGGAGAGAAGGUGGAGGGGGGACUGCUCACACACUUGCUCGUUACCAGGGAGAUGAACAUGGAGGAAAUCUACGCAAAUGCAACAGAGAUGCUACUGGCUGGGGUUGACACGACCUCCUUCACACUGUCGUGGGCCACUUACCUGCUAGCACGGCACCCUCAUAUACAGCAGCAAAUCUUUACAGAGGUGAUGCAGGCAUUGGGACCCACAAGAAUCGCCACAGCCGAUGAUAUACCUCAACUGCCUCUUAUCAGAGGCCUGGUCAAAGAGACUCUCAGGCUUUUUCCAGUUCUCCCAGGCAACGGACGGAUUACCCAGGAUGACUUGGUGGUGGGCGGAUACUUCAUCCCCAAGGGGACUCAGUUGGCCUUGUGUCACUACUCCACUUCCAUGGAUGGGGAGAACUUUGUCGAUGCCUCAGACUUCCGUCCGGAUCGCUGGGUGCGGAAAGAUAACGCAGAUCGUGUUGACAACUUUGGCUCAAUUCCUUUUGGCUAUGGCAUCAGGAGCUGCAUUGGCAGGAGAAUAGCAGAGUUAGAAAUGCAUCUGGCUCUUGCAAGGCUCAUUCAAAGGUUCCACAUUGGCAUCAUGCCUAUCACUGAUGAUGUAAAGGCCAAAACCCACGGCUUGCUCUGCCCUGCUGCCCCCAUCCACCUGCAGUUCACCGACAGAGAAAACUAGAUGCAAACUCCUCUCCGUAGGGUCUACUGUACUGUAUCUUUUAAUUGCAUUGAUUCAUGAUUAGGUUUUUUUUACAUACACCACUUUUAGUACACUGUCCACUGUUAAAUGGUAGAUAAGGAGCUGCGACUGAGGUUUUACUCAGGCAAGAAAUGUGUAUCAUCUUCUCCCAUUUGCAAGUGAGGAGGACACAAAAAUAAUACUGGACCAAUAAUUUAAAGAGUAAAGUUGUUCUUGUGUGUAUAUUAUUUGUACUUAGUGAGAACCACUGCAGUUUUCUGUGGACUGUAAGUCCUUCCAUUUGUCCUUUUUAGAAAUAGAAAACUGAACUAUAUCUAUAUAAUUAUACUAUUUCCUUUCAUAUCAGUGUGCAUGCAUGUACUAAAUAGUGCUGUGUGCACAUAAUCAUUUAAACUGUCUGAGUUUUUUUGAAAGUGUUUCACUGGGAAUGUUGAAGGGCAACCAUGAAUGUAUUGAAAAUGAGCUGUUGUAGAGGUAUGUAUGUAAAUAAUGAAAUGUAUUUGAUGACUGUUUUAGCCACGUUGAAAGCCACAUUUUUUUAUUUUACCGAUCACCAUUUUUCAUUCAGACUGUUAAAACAUUUAAUCAAGGAAGUGACAUUCAUUAUUUUAAUCUAUAAUGAAUAUAUGAAGUAUAAAAACUAUUAGUAUAAGAAUCACAAAGGAAAUUAUUAACAGGUUUUAUUUUACACCCAAACUAUUGAAUGGAAAAAUUAUGAACUAAAUUAAUGAGAAUAAUAAAUGAAUGUAUAAUUUAUCUAUUUGAUCAAAUAAUGACGACAUAUUUGGAUUGAAAACUGUUUUCAGUAUUUUAUUUCUAUGAUUGUAUGAAUACAGGUAUUUUACCAGAAUGUCUGAUAGAUUAUGAAUAUGUGAGAGAUAAUGUAUGUUACAAAACAGUUUUUUGCAAAGGGGAGAUAGACAAGUUGUUGAACUGAGCCAUUUGGAAGGGUCACACUGGUUUGCGUGGAGGAAAAUGGAAACCUUUUUAGAAAUCUUUGUAUUUAUCUGCUCUUUAGUCUUUCUAUACCAUGUAUACUGCACUUCUAGUAAA